AUGAACAAGUUGUUCAAUUCAGGACUAGGCGGUUUAAAAUCUGAUGCCUUUGACAUAACAAAGUAUGUUGACGAGCCGUCUUUAGAUGAGCUGCUACGUGGAAGCUAUAGUUGUCCCCUCAUCAAUGACAAAGCAAAAACUGCCUCAAUUUCAAAAAGUAACCUUUUGGAAACAGUCCGAAAUGCAUGCUCCAUUCUGCGAGCUCGAAAAGUCUCGCAGGAACAAAAUUCUGCUGAGGCUGAUGACAACCUUGUCCAGAGCGAUUCAGCCAGCUUGGAUGCUGUUAUUUCUGCUGUAGGCCAAACUGAUGGCGGCAAAGGAGUCAAUUGCGCUGUAGAAAAGUUGAUUGCUUCCAUUUUCAAGGUUCAGGAACCUGAUGACAAGACCAAAACCUCAGACACUGUUGAUCCUCCACUAUAUAAACCCAGAGAUAUCUUGGAACGGCUGGCACUCCCAACGCCCAAGGAUUUGGACAUGUUGCUCUCUGAUGCAAGCAAAGCCAUUUCAACAUCCAAAAAUAAUACUGAUGCCCGUCUGGGAAAACCAGUUUCCCACCAAACGGGCCUGCCGCCUUUUCCUUGGUCCCAUUCUUUUUCGGGGCAUAAUAAUAAGUUGAGUUCUGAUGCUGUUAAGUUGAACGCAAGCCGCAUGAUAUGCCAAGGUCGAUGGAUAAGAGUUAAAAAUUGCACGGAUCUGCAGAAAGGUUGUGGUGAUUUACUGAAGAACUUUGAGUCACUGACAUUUGACCAAACUUUGGUUCCUAUUGUAUCUGAACGCCCAGAAAAUGAAGCUUCUCCAAUUGAAAGGGUGUUUUCUGCUUCUGGUGCUUCCUCUCGUACAAAGACUCCUACAGACGAGUUUUCUACUGAUGCCGCUGCUCAAACACUCCUAGACAUGGCUGAUUGCUCGAAGAAAAACCCCUUUGCAGCUGUUAAACUGCCAAGGAAACCCUCUCAAAUGGCCAUGAAUGCCAGCAAGUCCAAAUCAACCGAGAGGCCCGAAAAUUCUUUCCAAGCACCAAAACCGAUAAUAAGACCACACAACCCCUUAAAAGCCCACUUUGAUGGAUUUCCUUCAAAGAAGCCCAAGCUAUCCACUGACAUAACUAACACGCCCUACAUCACUCAUGCUGAGUCCUCGAGACUCGUGUCAGUCAAAUCGCCGCCUAGGAAGCUCCUUAGGGACAUGAUUGCAAAUACUGAUAGUUAUGGUACCAACCUUGCAAAGAAAUCAUACGUGUCGAAAACACCAAGGGGCGCGGACAGGGAGUCUGGUUGCAGUAAGCCUAAAUUGUGGAAGUCACCCUAUUGA